AUGCAGAAAUGGGGAUCAAUCAAGAGAAGACAUAUGGCGAUUAAGUCGACGGCGGUGGAUACCUUGCAGAACCAAUUCUCCGGUUACGGAAGUACGACAGCGAUUGUGGGAAGGUGCUUGGACCGAAUAGGGCUGAAGGAGCCUCUUGAGGAGUGGUCGGACGAAACGAUCCAGAAAGUGGUGGAAGCUUUUAUUGACGAGAAGUUCCCCACGGUGUUUGCCUUGAACAAAAUCGACCACCCCGACGCAGACAAGAACAUCAGCAAAAUCGCCAAAAUGCAAGAUCCGCAGUCCAUCGUUCUUUGUUCCGCCAUUUCAGAGGUUUUCCUGCGAAGACUCGCAAAGCAAAAUUACAUCAAAUAUGUGGAGGGAAGUGAAUUUCUAGAUACACGAGAAGAUCUUAUAGAUAUGGGCGAUGCCGAUGGAGGUGGAUUGAAGGAGAUGGAUGAGAAGUUGAAGAACCGCGUUGAGAACAUGAAGGACAUGGUACUUUACCGAUUCGGGUCUACCGGAGUGGUACAAUGUCUCUCACGAGCUGCGGAACUGCUAGGACUUGUACCCGUCUUCCCCGUCCGAAACAUUUCCACCUUCUCGUCCGGUGCCGGAUCCGCUGUAUUCCGAGAUUGCGUUCUUGUCAAGAAGAACAGCACGGUGGGCUACGUUGCUCACAAGGUUAUGGGCGAUGUACCAAUUUCCUACAUCGAAGGAGUUGGCGGUGUCCGUGUCUCGGAAGAUGACAUUGUUGAAGUUGGGAAACACGAUGUCCUCAGCUUCAAGCCUGGCCGUUAA